AUGCCACUUAUAACGUUUUCGGGAUUCCCGUCAUCCGGUAAGUCAACAUGGGCUAAGAAAUUACAAGUGGCUUUAGAAGAAAGAAUUUUAAAAGCUCAACAAUCCGAUGAGGUGGGGAAGAAUUAUAAAGUAAUUUAUCAUUCCGAUGAGACAUUAGGUAUAUCUCAUGAUGCUUAUAAGGAUUCAAAUCUUGAAAAGCAAGCUAGAGGGAAUCAACUUUCAGCUGUUAAAAGAGAUCUUUCUCGAACUAAUUUUGUUAUACUUGAUUCUUUAGCUUAUAUAAAGGGGUUUAGAUAUCAAUUAUUUUGUGAAGCGAAAGGUGUAGUUACACCUCAUUGUGUUAUACAUGUAUUAUGUUCUCGUGAAAAAUGUCUUGAAUGGAAUAAUACUUGGGAUGAAGAAUUAAUAAAUCAAUUAUGUAUGAGAUAUGAAGAACCUAAUGGUGAUAGUCGAUGGGAUUCUCCUUUAUUUACAAUAGUUUCUGAUGAUGAAAAUGAAAAAUUACCUAUAGAUGAAAUAUGGGAUGCUCUUGUUUUAAAAAGACCUCCACCUCCAAAUGCUGCUACAUUAGUUAAACCAACUUCAGGAAAUAAUUUCCUUCAAGAAUUAGAUAAACAAACUCAACAAGUACUAUCAAAGAUUUUACAACAUCAACAACUUUCUUCAAUUGGAGGAAGAGCCAUUAUUGAUAAAGAUCAAAAUUUAUAUGUAGAUAUGCCAGCGGUGGCAGUUACUACCGGUCAAUUACAAAGAAUGAGAAGAACAUACAUAAGUUUAAAUAGAAUGAGAUCGGUUGAUAUUUCAAGAAUAACUCCGUUAUUCGUCGAGUAUAUUAAUAGAAGUCUUGAAAAUGACUAA